UUUUAAAAUAAUCAAUGACUUGAAACAUAAAUUCUUGAUCUACAGGUUCCUUUCAUCACGCGUCUUGACUUGUACCCUUUGGAGGGUUUUAAAACUCUAGUUAAGGCGAUGCGCCACGGGGUGACUCGAGUAUGCACGAUAUUUUGUUACAUGGAUUGCCUUUUGCGAUGUUUUUGAAAAUUUAAAUAGAUACAACCAUGGUAGCAACUACACCCAUGAUGUUAAGUUGAUAGAAGUAUGUGAUUGUUCAAAAAGGAUUUAAAGAACCAGCUUUCUUCACCUUAAAUGGGCCCUCGGAUUUUAUCACGUCCAUGGUUUAAAACGCAAAAUCAUUUGAGCUGCGAUUAAUUGAUCAAUACAUUCCCCUAGUGCUAACGUUAGUAAUGAAUGCGUAAGGAGUUAGUUACUUUUUCGGAAUAAGAUGGGGGACCCAUCAGAAGUUUCUUCUGAUCCGCUUAUGUGUGGGCUGUGUCAUAAGAGAUACAACGAUCCAAGAAUCCUGGACUGUUUCCACACCUUUUGUUGUGAGUGCUUGGAGAAACAUACACAUAAUGCUCAUUCCAAGGUUACCUUCCCGUGCCCGAUAUGCCAUCUGGAAAUCACCAUUCCGAAAACUGGAAUCAAAGGACUCAAACAAAAUUAUUACGUCAGGGCUAUAUUGGCAAGUGCCACUUAUUCAACAAAUUGUAAAUGUGACACGUGCAAAGAAAACGAGCAACAAGCACAUUCCAGAUGUCUUGAGUGUAACAGUAAUUUUUGCAAGCCUUGCAAUACCCGCCACAUGAAAGCAAAUGAGACACGUGACCAUCAUGUGAUAGAACUGUCACCACAAGAGGCAAAAAGCAUUACUAAACUAACUCAUCGGUCAUUUUGUGAAAAACAUAAAGAAGAAACAGUUUACUAUUGUAUUUUGUGCGAAACCCCGAUCUGCAAGGACUGCGUCACAAAAGUGUCCGAACACAAGGGACACCGAUAUAAAAACAUCGUUGAAGGGGCAAAGGAGAAAAGAAGCAAAGUGAAACCUAUGAUACAGAGCAUGCACGAAUACCUGCCAUGUUUACAGGACUACCUCAAUGAACUGCACUCAACCAAAAAGCUUCUGGCUGAUUACGCCGAGGAAACUGUUAACGAGAUCAAAAGUCGUUGCAAAUACCUUCAACAAGAACUACAGAAAAUCUGCAACUCGUUGGUGGAGGGAGUGGAAGGAAAAUUAAAGACCGAAUCCAAUCGCAUAGAAACACAUGCUAAAACUAUCGAGAAUACUCUUCGGUCUGUCUCCACCAUUACUAAGUCGGCGGAGGAGGCGAUAAACCUUGGGAGCGACAGCGAGGUGGUGUUGAUGUGUCAGAAGUUACAGAAUAGGUUUAAGCACGCAGACAAAGAGAUACCUCAGGUUGGCUUACAUCCUGCCGUGAGCAGCAACUUCCAUGUUGGAGAAUCCCAUGGCUCAAAUUUGGAGGAGAUGUUUGGGUCAUGUGACACCACGGAAAUUAAGCUGCCUAUGUUGCCUAUCCCCUGGGGUCUCCGAAUAGCCUUAAAUUUUGAUGUUCAACUGAUGUACAACUUCAAGGUUGCCAACCACAUUGAUACUAUACAUGCAAUAGCUCCACUCUCAGAGAAGGAAGCUUGGAUUUGUCACGGAUGGGGGACCCAAGAAAUGAACCUUUACUCAAGAGAGGGCGAGAAACUUAGGACGGUCAAAUUGGAUAUUCAGAUUGACGACAUCCUCACAAAGCCAAACGGCGACAUCUUAGUCUCUAGCUACGACGACAAAAAGAUCAUAAAGCUAGAUGGAGACCUAAAGCAGACCGAUUUCGUGCAUCUGGACUUGUACCCAGGGGGAAUGACGUAUACCAAGCGGAACGAGCUGCUUGUCUGUGCAGUGGACAGUUACGUCACAACAAGGAAUUCCAGAUCUAGGCGAAUGAUCAUUCGAAUCAGCGAGGCGGGAAAAAUUAUAGAUAUGAUUGAAGACGAUGGAUUUACCGCCAUCUUUACCGCACCUUAUCGUCUGCAUGAGAACAUGCUGGGAGAUAUUGUUGUAUCCGAUCGAGAAGAAGCUGAGGUUCACACGACAACGAUCACCCUGGACGGGUUUGUCAAGAAUAAAUAUACGGGACAGAAAGACUACAGAGUGAAGAAACCAUUUAAUCCCUUCGGAAUUGUCUCCGACAAACACGGUCACGUACUGGUUGCUGACUGGAGUAACCACGCAAUCCAUUUACUGGAUUUGAGUGGACAGUUCAUUGGAUUUCUGAUUACGGAGAAUUAUGGAAUUCGGGGUCCCAACGCGCUUGCAUUGGACAAAGAGGGGUAUCUCUGGAUAGGGGACACAAAAUCCACUGUGUGGAUAUUCAAAUACUCUAGACGUGUGGAAAACAAUACAUGAUCUACUUAUGACAGGACUGGGACACAAAAUCCACUGUGUGAAUAUUCAAAUACUCUUUAGGUUUGGAAAUUAAUACUUGAUCCUCUCGAUUUAUGGUAGAAAUAUCCUUGAAAAUCCAUAUUAUGGAUAUUCAAAUAUUUCAGACGUGUUGAAAACAAUACAUGAUCCACCGAAGACUGAAUAAGGGAUAUCUGAAGUUUGGAUGUUCAAAUACUGCUGGUGUGUAGAAACAAGGAAAGAUCCACAAUGACUGAGUUAAUAGCUAGAAUUAUCCUUAUGCUUUCCAUUGCAUUUAUCCAUAUUUUAUUAAAAUACUCUUGUAUUUUUAUUAAUGUAUAUUAAAAAC